CGCUCGCGGCGCUGACGUGUCGGCGGGCGCUUCCUCUCCGCGCGGCCGCUGUCCGCCGCCUGAGGGGCGGGCUGGCGGGCGGCGCUCCCCGCCCGGCCCCCGGCCCGGCCCCCGGCGCGCCGCCCGCCCGGACGGCGGUAUAUAUGCGGGACCUGAGCUGAGCCGGGCGGACGCCGUCGCGCAGAGGUCGGUCGGUGAGAGCCGCGUCGCCUGGAGGGACGAGCCAGGGACGAGGUUUAUAGGUGCAGAAAUUGCCCCCCAUCUUCACAAAGCUGGGCUCCCAGAGCAUCAUGAAUGUCGAUGACCUCAGACUCAGGUUGUCCCAAGCUGGGCAGGAACACCUGCUCCAGUUCUGGGAUGAGCUGGACGAAGCCCAGCAGGCGGAGCUCUAUGCAGAGCUCCAUGCCAUGGACUUCGAGGAGCUGAACGUCUUUUUCCGAAAGGCCACCGAAGGCUUCAACCUGUCCUCUCAGCAGGAGAAGGUGGAUGCGCGGAUGGAGCCUGUGCCGCGGGGGGUGCUGGGCAGUGCCACUCGGGACCAAGACCAGCUCCAGGCCUGGGAAAGUGAAGGGCUUUUCCAGAUUUCUCAGAGCAAAGUGGCCGUGCUGCUCCUGGCUGGGGGACAGGGGACCCGGCUCGGAGUGGCCUACCCCAAGGGGAUGUACGACGUUGGCUUGCCGUCCCACAAGACCCUCUUCCAGAUCCAGGCGGAGCGCAUCCUGAAGCUCCAGCAGCUGGCGGAGGAGCGCUGUGGCCGCCCGUGCACCAUCCCCUGGUACAUAAUGACCAGCGGCCGGACAAUGGAGCCCACCCAGGAGUUCUUCGCCAGGCAUGCGCACUUCGGCUUGAGGAGGGAGAACGUCAUCUUUUUCCAGCAGGGGAUGCUGCCCGCCAUGAGUUUUGACGGGAAGAUUAUCUUGGAGGACAAGAACAAGGUGUCCAUGGCUCCAGAUGGGAACGGCGGCCUGUAUCGGGCGCUGGCGGCCCAGCGCCUAGUGGAAGACAUGGAGCGGAGAGGCGUGCGGAGCGUUCAUGUCUACUGCGUGGACAACAUCCUGGUGAAAGUGGCCGACCCGCGGUUCAUCGGGUUCUGCACUCAGAAAGGGGCCGACUGUGGGGCGAAGGUGGUGGAGAAGACGAACCCCACGGAGCCGGUGGGCGUGGUGUGCCGCGUGGACGGAGUGUUCCAGGUGGUGGAGUACAGCGAGAUCUCCCUGGCCACCGCGCAGCGGCGGGGCCCCGACGGGCGGCUGCUCUUCAGCGCGGGGAACAUCGCCAACCACUUCUUCACCGUGCCGUUCCUGAGAGACGUCGUCAAUGUGCACGAGCCUCAGCUGCGGCACCACGUGGCUCAGAAGAAGGUUCCGUGCGUGGACUCCCAGGGCCGGGUCGUCAAGCCCGAGAAGCCGAACGGAAUCAAGAUGGAGAAGUUCGUCUUCGACAUCUUCCAGUUUGCCAAGAAGUUCGUGGUGUAUGAGGUGUUGCGCGAAGACGAGUUCUCCCCUCUGAAGAACGCGGACAGUCAGAACGGCAAGGACAACCCCACCACCGCCCGGCACGCCCUGAUGUCCCUCCACCACUGCUGGGUGCUCAACGCCGGCGGCCACUUCGUCGACGAGAACGGCUCCCGCCUGCCCGCGAUCCCCCGCGCUGCUGCGAGUGGACAGUCUGAGGCCGUCACAGCCGAAGUCAGUGACAACCUGAAGGACGCCAACGAUGUCCCGAUCCAGUGUGAAAUCUCUCCUCUCGUCUCCUAUGGGGGAGAAGGACUGGAGAGCCACGUGGCCGGCAGAGAGUUCCACGCCCCGCUGAUCAUCGACGAGCGUGGGGUCCACGAGCUGGUGAAGAACGGGCUGUGAGGGGCCCCCGCCGGGCAGGGGCCGCCGCGGCCGACGCGGAGCGGUGCCCGCCCCUCCCGGGCCUCAUGCUCGAGAAGCCGCUGCACGUCCCCCACAUCCACAGGGCUGGACGCGAGAAUCCUUUUUAUGACUCUCAGCUCAUUGAAGGUCUUAUUUAUGUUUUUCAACCGUACGUUUUCCAAGCCCAGGAAAACCCUGCCUUGCAUGCUGCCGGCGCGUGGUGCCGCGCCGGGGACCGGAGCGUCAGGUUUCAGCUCUGUACAGAGCUGUCCAAUGCACCGCGUGUGCCGGGAGGCCUCUAUGGUGCUCAGAGUUUGUUUGUUCAAAGGUACACUUUCUAAAGAAAAUAACUGGAUGGUAAAAUAAACUCUUCUUUUUGUCUCUGGAGUGUUGCUUGUACCUUGAGGACUUUAUUCCACUGGGAAAAGAGGAGACUUGGGAGAGACUUGAGAUCAUGCGCAAAAACCCCCAAGCCCACGUUUGUGGGGAAUCGCUGUCGGAGAGGCUCCCGACUCGGGGCCGGGCUCCCGUCCGGAGGGGAGCUGUGCUCCGCACGCCCAUCUGCCCGUGUCUGCAGACGCGGCGGCCGUCCCAGCGGGGUCGGGGG